AUGCCUUCUCAAAUUAUUACUCUUCUACUCGGCCUUAUGGCUACUACAUCUAUAGGACAAUCGCCUAGUAUUCCUUCUGGGUUAGAUGAUAUAUUCAAGAAUAAAUGUGGUACCGACUCACCUAGUGCAGAAGCUAUAAAUAUAGUACACUUCACAAAUACCAGUGCUACUAUUCAGAAGAGGCAAAGCGCUAUAAGUGAGGAACCUCUCUAUAUCGAUACUUUUAUGCAUAUCGUGGCGCCGUCUCAAGAAAAGCUGCAAAACUUUGUUAGCAUUACACGCGAUGGCAUCUACGUAUCGGUACACAGUUUGCCAGGCAGCCCGCCGUAUAAAAAUACCAGCAGUACGGGGACUACGAUUUUGAACUUGAUAGGGACAACUUGUGUCCAUGAAGUUGGCCACUGGCUAGGCCUCCUCCACACCUUUACGGAUUAUGAAAAAAUUCCAAUCGAGAAUCGCACGCUAGAGACAAUCUGCAGUGACCCUGGCGAUGGCAUUGAUGACACUCCUUCGCACGUUCUAAAUCGUCAUAAAAAUUACGCAAAAUGUGCGGCGGCGAGACUUAGUUGUUCAGGCGGUGGUCCAAAUAGAAUUUGCAGCGAGAAGCCUGGAUUAGGUAAAGGCUUCACGGAAGUUGAUUCGUGUCCAGACGACCUUCCGAAUGUGGGGAGUCCAGGCCCAGAUCCUGUGAAUAAUAUUAUGACUUAUAACCUAGACGUUUGCCAAACUGAGUUUACGCCUGGCCAGAUACAAAGAAUGCGCCGCGUUUUUAUUGAAAUUCGUACUUCAAAUAGCGAAACACCGACUACACAAGAAACUUUGACAACACCAUUAUAUUCCAAUUAUCUUUAA